AUGUUAUUAUCAACCCACCUCCUCUUCGUCAUCACCACCCUCUUUACCUCCCUCUUCCACCCCAUCGCCGCCCAUGCUGUCAAGCGCAGUGGCAGUCUCCAACAGGUCACCGAUUUCGGUGAUAACCCUACAAAUGUAGGCAUGUACAUCUACGUACCUAACAACCUGGCCUCGAAUCCAGGUAUCGUGGUUGCAAUCCACUACUGCACUGGCACCGGCCCCGGCUACUACAGCGCCUCCCCCUACGCCACUCUCUCGGAACAAUAUGGCUUCAUCGUGAUCUACCCGUCCAGCCCAUACUCCGGUGGCUGUUGGGACGUGAGUUCACAGGCAACGUUAACACACAAUGGCGGUGGAAACAGUAACUCCAUUGCCAACAUGGUAACAUGGACGAUUAGCGAGUACGGGGCCGAUAGUAGCAAGGUGUUUGUGACGGGAUCGAGUUCGGGGGCUAUGAUGACGAACGUAAUGGCAGCAACCUACCCCGAACUCUUCGCCGCCGCCACCGUCUACUCCGGCGUCUCAGCCGGGUGCUUCUACUCGAACACCAACCAAGUAGACGGAUGGAAUUCCACUUGCGCCCAGGGUGAUGUAAUCACUACCCCCGAGCACUGGGCCAGUAUUGCCGAGGCAAUGUACUCGGGAUACUCGGGAAGUCGUCCGAAGAUGCAGAUCUACCACGGUAGUGUGGAUACGACGCUGUACCCUCAGAACUACUACGAGACGUGCAAGCAGUGGGCUGGUGUGUUCGGGUAUGAUUAUAGUGCGCCGGAGAAGACAGAGGCGAACACCCCAGAGACGAAUUACGAGACGACGAUCUGGGGAGAUAGUCUGCAGGGAAUCUUUGCCACGGGCGUGGGUCAUACGGUGCCGAUUCAUGGGGAUAAGGAUAUGGAGUGGUUUGGGUUUGCUUGA